ACCAAGCCACUUCGGUUAGAAAAUGUGUGCAAACCAAGUCCACUGCUUCAUUUUACCUCUUCCACUCUAGGCACUGCGUGCUGAGUGUUAGGGUAACCAGGGAACGGAGGUUGCCCCGGUAACGUAGGAAGCGCGGAGAGCUUCAACGCUUAGGGCUCUAGGCAGCCCUUCCGGGCCCGCGUGGUGGGAGGGGUGGAGGUCACAUUCUCGCGAGAGCUGUGUGUGUGUGCUCCUCUGCGUCUUCGCGGUUGGCCUUAGGGCUGCGGCGGCCAGUUAGGGGCAAGGCGCCCGGAGCGUUCCAGAUGGCUGCUCAGCAAGGAACGCCCUCCUCGGCCCUGCGGGUCCUGGAAGAAGCCUUGGGCACGGGCUUGUCGGCUGCCGGGGACACCGCCGAGGCGGUGGCUUCCGAGGGUGCCUACUACCUGGAGCAGGUCACUAUAACUGAAGCAUCUGAAGAUGAUUAUGAAUAUGAAGAGAUACCAGAUGACAAUUAUAGCAUUCCAGAAGGUGAAGAAGAUCUGGCAAAAGCAGUUCAGAUGGUCCAAGAACAGGCUACAGAUACCCAGAUUUUGGAGCAGAAAGCAGUCUUUUCUCCAAAGCAUACAGUACCUGAAGCAAUAGAAGACUUUCUUUGCAAUUUCCUGAUCAAAAUGGGAAUGACCAGAACUCUUGAUUGCUUUCAGUCUGAAUGGUAUGAGUUAAUACAGAAGGGAGUAACUGAACUUAGAGAUGGUGGGAUUGUUCCAGAUGUCUACACCCAGAACAUGCUUUUAGAAAAUGAGAACAAAAUUUUGAAGAAAGAUUUGAAGCACUAUAAACAAGCAGCUGACAAGGCUAGAGAAGAUUUGCUGAAAACUCAGAAAGAACGUGAUUUUCAUCGAAUGCACCACAAGAGAAUAGUCCAGGAGAAAAACAAAUUAAUUAAUGACCUCAAAAGAUUGAAGUUACAUUAUGCAUCAUAUGAACCAGCUAUAAGAGUAUUACAUGAAAAGCACCAUGCUUUACUGAAGCAGAAAAUGCUGACCUCUUUGGAAAGGGACAGAGCAAUAGGACAGAUUUCUGGACUUAAAGAAACACUGAAGCAUAUGGAAAUAAGGCAUAGUUACCAUGCUCCUGAAUUUAGAGUUGUUCCUACUUAUGAAAAGGAAAAUGCACCAGAAGGUCCUACUCAAAAAGGUCUUCGUGAAGCCAGAGAACAAAGCAAAUGUAAAGCAAAGACGAAAGUUAAUACAAAGGCCUCAAACAGAGAUCAAGAGGGCAUCUAUGAGCUCAGAGCAAGAUCAACCCUCUGUCCAACUCCACGCCUCCAUCCUCAGGAGUGGAGAGGGAACUCUCAAACUUGGAAUAAGAUCACAGCUCUUCAAGACACCAUUGACAGGAGACAACAAAGUUCCCAAGCACUCCGAGUAAGACCGCCCAUUUACAGGACAUACUACCUCUGUCAGCAGGAGGCAAAGGGGAGAUUUUGAGUGCUUCUGGGCCUCUUCUCUCCCAAACCUCUUUCUUCAACACCCAUAUACUUUAUCCUGUUCUUUUUAGUCUUCUUAAGGAGCCUAUAACUCCUGGUUCAUCACAUAUUCCAAAACUCUAACCCUACCUAAGGCUCCUUAUGUCAUGUUUCCUUACUCAAUCUCUUAGUCUCCUUUUCUGAUUCCCUAAUUUUUCACUGUGUACUCCCUGGAAUUCAAGAUCUUUGAUCAGCAAAAUCCACUCUAUUUUCAGCUUGUACUAUGUCCCUUCACCUUCUGUGCUAAUAGAAAUUAAUCUUUUCCAUGCUUAUAGUUUCUCCUACAGCCAGCAGACUUCUGGUAAAUGUUUAAUGAUCAGCUCUUUGAAGGGGAGGAAAUAAACCUUGAUUUGUAGUAUUUUCCAGUUUCUGUGCUUUAUAUACUCAGGCUACUAUCUUACUUCACCAAAUGUGAGGUUGAGAAGUGACAUCCAUAGUCAGCUUUCUUGACAUAGCUCAUGUCUACCGUGAUCUGUAGCAGUCUCAAGGGUGAUUUCUCUGAUUCCCCACUAAGCUACAGCAUUGGACCUGCAGGUGACAUAAUUGUCCCCUUUGCAUCUCAUUGCUGCUUUCAGUCCCUUCUCCUACCCUCAUUAAUGAAUACACUUUACCUGGAAUCUCAUAUCAUCAGUUUAUUGUACUCAAUAAUAGCUAUUUCAGGCACUUCUUAAUUUUUUUUUCUUUACUUCUUUUGUAAAAUGAAAAAAGUAGUCACUGUGACAUUGUCACGUCUGUAAAAAUGAUUCCUGCUAUAAUUCUUAUUUAGAUAUUCACAUGGAUGAUCCUUCAAACACUCUUUCAGUUCUUCAGCAGCUGCUGCUUUAAAUGAUCUUGUUCUCCAUCUAUUCUCAGUCACUCACUUUUUGGUCAUUCUCUAGGCCUUGUUAUUGCCAGUAACUUAAAUAAUUUGUCAUUUCGUUUGCUGUUUGCUCCUCAUCUCCCUGACCUCUGUAUAUUGAGGUUUUUCUGGGAUCAGUUCUGGGGCCUCUUCUCUUUUGAUGUCCUUACUCCCUAGGUUGUCUCACCCAGUCUCAUGACUUUAAAUUACCUAUAUGUUAGUGACUCAUUAAGUUAUAUCUUCACCAGAGAUCUCUUUUCUGUCCUCUGGUUUUAUAUAUCCAACUGCAUGCUCAACCCUCCAACCCUCAACCCUUCCAUUCUGAGUCUACAUUAAGGCUCUAUCUCCUGCAAUUUUCUCCAUCUUAAGGAAACUCUGUCCUUCCAGUUCCUCAACCAGAAACCUCUGGAGUUACCCUUGAGUCAUUUCUCUCUCAGACAUUUUACAUCAGAUAUGAAAAAUUAUUUUGGUUGUAUUUUGAAACAUAUACACUCUUCCAUCUUUUCUUACCACCAGCAGUGUUUCUCUCUGUUUUUCUUCUUCAUCAUGUCUAACCUGGAUUACUACAAUAGCUCCCCAACUGGUCUUUCUGCUUUUUUUCUUUCCUUUCCUUCAGUCUUUGUUGACUGUAGUAGCCAGAGUGAUCCUCCUAAAACAUAAAUCUAUCCAUUACAUAUCUCAGUUGAAAACUUUUAGUGGUUUUCUAUCUUUUUCAGAGCUAUAGGAAAGUCAUUAUAGCCUCUGAGGUCCUACAUUUUCUGGCUCCUUUUUAACCUCCCUGACCUCAUCUUCACUUGCUGGACCGUCUUUUACUCAAUUGUAGACACACUCGCCUCCCUGUUUGAAGAAUACUGUAGUCAUGCCCUGCCUCCAGGCUUUUACACUUGAGAUUUUAUCUGUCUAAGUUGUCUUCUCUCAGAAAUUUGAAUGGCUCAUGCCCUCAACUCCUUUAGCUCUUUAAUUAAAUGUCUCCUUUUAGAGAGACUUUCCAUAGACAUCCCAUCUAAAUUUUAAUUUAGAUUUAAUUAAAAUUCCCUUUUCCUUCCUGGAUCUCUUUCCUGCUUUUUUUUUUUUCCUCUUACAUAUCUGCCUCUUACAUUCUGUGUUGUACUUAUUAACUUACUGUACUCUUUCCCUACUAGAAUGUAAGCUCCAUGAGAGCAGAAAUAUUUGCCUGCUUUAUUCACUUUUGUAUUCUCAGUACCAAAAAUGUGACUGGCCAAUAGUAAGUACUCCAUAAAUAUUUGUGUUUGAAUCAAGGAAUACCUAUGUAUACCUAUGUAGGAAUAUACAUAGGAAUACCUAUGUAUACCUAUGUAGGAAUAUAUGUUCUGUUAGUUGUUUUUACAUAGAAAUGAAAUUGAUUACUGUAAGUCAAUUGUAAACAUAGAGACCUUGCUAAACUCUCUACUGUAAUAGGUUUCUUUAAAAAAAAUUCCUUGUAAAUAAUGAUAUCACCUAUAAACAGUGAUAGUUAUGAUUUUCCUUUUCUGAUCUUGGAAAAUUUGAUGUGUAUUUCUUAUUUUUGUACAUUGUUUAGGACUUCUAGAGAAUGGUUAAAUUGAAGAGAUUGGAAUAGGCAUUCUUAUCCUGUUUGUUUUUUCCUAAAAUGAAGAAAUAUUUCUCAUGUUUCAACAUAAAAAAUGAUAUUUUUUAUAAAUCUUUGGUAGAUAUUCCUUCUUAGGUUAAAAAAUUCCCUCUACUUCCACAUUUUCCAAGUUCAUUUGUGUUUUAUCAUGAGUUAACAUUAAUUUUGUUUUAUCAUAAAUGAAUGGUGAAUUAUUUUUUAUCAUGUUUAAAAGUUUUAUCAUGAAUGAAUGCUGAAUUUUCUGCUUCUGAGAUGAUCUUCUCCAUUAAUGUUUUAAUGUGGUAAAUGACAUGCUAGACUUUCUAAUGUAACAUUCUCUUUCAUUCUUGGGAUGAAACUAGCUCAUUCAUCAUGUGUUAUAUGAUUUAUAUAUAUCACUGGAUCUAGUUCAUUGUUUUAUACUUAGGAUGUUUCUAUAUUUUGAAUAAAACUGACCUUUAAUUU